AUGCACUUCACUUGUUUUGAACAAUAUCUGGUAGCAACGAAGAGAAGGCAUACCCAGCAUAUCUCACGUAAUCAUCCAGAGCGACCCGACACGGUGGAAUUCAUCUGCCCCCUGUGCAAAGCACUUGGCAACACAUUCUUACCGAUCAUCUGGAAGGAGAAGCACUAUCAUCCUGCAUCUACUCUUGACCAGCAGCAAAAGACCUUCGACCAAUGGAUACUCGAUCAGGAAGCACAUAGGAUUGCUGACGAAGUCGGCCAAUUACUGUCAAGCGUCUUUGUACGCGAGGCUCACGUGGACUAUAUGCAAAAGUCCUUAAUCUCCACGCUAGCAUCUUCUUUCCCACAGGCAUCUUCUGCGCACGCCAUGGAACCUCGAUUGAUGGAUCCGGAUUCGGAUACGCAAAGCUCCGAAGAAGAGUCAAGAUCGAUUCUACCCGAGAUGGUUCGUAGAGUGGCCAACCAAUUUGAGCUCAACACAGUGCCUGGACUGGAGACGCUCGUCAAUUUGACACCGAGGCUGGAAAAUUUAUCAAACUUAGCCAGCAGAUUUGAUACUCGGCAUCGACCUGCUACGCCAUCUGCGGAGCUCAAGAGAGCAUACAAUCGCAUCGAGGAGAGCCUAAGUCCGAUAGGUGCCUUGAAGCCCAAUACCAUUGGACUUGAGCCUGGCACCCAGUCUUCGACGAUCCGCCUAGCUGAAACUCUUUGCAAUACCUUGGCUUUCACCAUUUCGAGCAUUGAAAUAUCUUACCGAGGAGUCGCAAGUCCUAUGGACGGUGAGACUGGAACUUUCCUUGACACAAUAUCGGAACAAAGCAUGAAGACUUUACGUAUCCUUUCUGAGACCGUUCGUACCGCGACUGCCACCGCUGCUAUCAAGAGUGGUAUACCCGAGUACCUAAGAGAGACCAGAGUACACAGCUCAUGGGCCGGUCAACUANAAAAGGUGCUUGGCGAUGAAUCUGAUGAAGACCCAGCACUCGCAUAUGCUUCGUUGCUCGGCCACGAUUUGUUCACCUUCUUUGCCGGUUGUGUGGUCAAUGAAGUACCCAUGGGUGAGAACAUGCAUCACAUUCUCAGGCUCUGUUACUCUGCGGAGCUGAUCAAAGUCAUCGUUACAUUCCUGUGCCGCGACUCAGUUAAAGAUGCCCAGCAAGACCCUCAACACGGUCGCUGGGAUCUAUCAGGUAUCAAGCUGUUCCAAAACUGGUGCAAGGAACAGGGCGCCAUUGAAUUCAGCCCGCAUAUCUCAGGCUCGCGCCUAUCCCAGCAAAAUUUCUGGGAUCUGGAGUGGGAUACACCGCAUCUGAGCAAACUGAUUGAUGCGUACGCUCUUACAUUCCUCAGGAAGGCUUUGCUUCUGACUCACAUCCAUUUCGGUGUCGACUUCGCGAACUCCAAUGAGAAUCCAGAUCUGCCAGAGUUGCAACGUCUGGCCAGGAUCCUUCGUCUUCCCUCUCCUCAGGAAGUAGUGACGCAGCUCGGCAAUGACGAAGAGUUGCAGAUGAUUGCCGCGCGGUGGAUCAACAGUGUGCUUGUUAGCACCGCCACAAAAGAAAGAUUGCGAACCGACGCCCAAUAUCUCAGCCAUCCAACAAUCUUCGAGCUCGUUGGCUUGCCUAAGCAUUAUGACACCCUGACAGAAGAAGCCAUUAAGCGACGCUGUCCAACGACUGGCAAAGAAGUGACAGAUCCCGCCAUCUGUCUGUUCUGCGGAGAAAUCUUCUGCAGUCAAGCUAGUUGCUGCAUGACGGACCGCAACAAGGGUGGAUGCUUCCAGCAUAGAGAGAAGUAA